AGAGGGUUCCGGGAUUGGAGGGGACAGCGAGGGAGGGAGGAAGGCGGCGAGGGAGGCGGGGGCCUCAAGAGAGUGGAAGGAGGGGAGAAGGGCGGGGCACGGAGGCCCAAGCGAGGGAAGAGACUCCAACUCUGACUUUUUCCGCGGCUCUCGACCCAGGAGCCUGGACCCAGCUGCCCACUCCAUCAGGACUCGGGCUUCUCACCUGCCUCUGUGCUAACCUCCAUUUCCUGACUACCCUUCCCCAGACCGCCACCGCAGCCAUGUCGCUCCUCCUGCUGGUGGUCUCUGCCCUGCACAUCCUCAUUCUCAUUCUGCUCUUCGUGGCCACUUUGGACAAGUCCUGGUGGACUCUCCCCGGGAAGGAGUCCCUGAAUCUCUGGUAUGACUGCACGUGGAACAACGACACCAAAACGUGGGCCUGCAGUAACGUCAGCGAGAAUGGCUGGCUGAAGGCGGUGCAGGUCCUCAUGGUGCUUUCCCUCAUCCUCUGCUGUCUGUCUUUCAUCUUGUUCAUGUUCCAGCUCUACACCAUGCGGAGAGGAGGUCUUUUCUACGCCACUGGCCUCUGCCAGCUUUGCACCAGCGUGGCGGUGUUUACCGGGGCGCUCAUCUAUGCCAUUCACGCCGACGAGAUCCUGGCGAAGCACCCGCGAGGGGGCAGCUUCGGCUACUGCUUCGCCCUCGCCUGGGUGGCCUUCCCCCUCGCCCUGGUCAGUGGCAUCAUCUACAUCCAUCUGCGGAAGCGGGAGUGAGCGCCCCGCCUCGCCCUGGCGCCCCCACCCGCUGCUGGCCCCUCGGUCUCGCCCCAAAGCCCCCUGAGUCCUCCAGAAAAUAAAACUGUUUAACUGCGGG